AUGUCAUUUAAGAGUUCAAAGUCUAUGGAGUCCAUUGAUCUGCUUGUGGAAUUGUUGGAGGCGCAUAAACCACACUUGAAGCCAUACUCUGAAAGGUUGAAAAGUUGGAUAGAUUUGUUAGAAGAAUAUAAUGACGUCGCUGGUACACAUUAUAAGCAGUCUAGGACUUUGAAGAAAAGGUUUGAAAGAGUUGUCGACGCGUAUCGAGUGGAUAAAAGUCUACCAACAUGUCAAAAUGUAGAUUUAUUGUCUAAAUUGAUCGAUGAGUAUAAUAAGCCUUAUAGGUUGUUACAGAAGUCAGAUUAUGGACAAACUAAUGUGAGUAAUCAUCCUCAUCAAAAUAUACAAGUGGAUCCAUCGUUAUACAUUACACAAAUAAGUACAGAAGAAAAUGAAAAUGAAAAUAUAGAUUCACAACAUGAUAAUGGGAAAAUCAAUUCAAGUACGUUUAUUCAAUCACAGUAUGAUAACCCAAUGCAAACAAUCCGUGAAGAAGAGAAUGAACCAAUUCGUAAUGUUAAUGGAAAUCAACCUCAUACAAUUAGAAAGAAAUUGAAACAAGCAAAAGGCAGGGUAGAAAAGAUUUCAGAGAUCACAACUGAUGGAACAAGAUCUCGUACAAUUAAUGAUAUCAAUAAUUUUAAUAUGGAUGAUUUAUUACGAUCUGAAGAACAGAGCAAAGAAUCGUCAACACAACCUUUACCCUUAGAUACAAUUGCAUUAGGGAUGCCAAGAACAUACGAAGAGUCUGAUGACAAAGGUUGUUCAUCAGAUAGUGCUGUAACGCCUGCUGUCAUGACAAGGCCUGCGCGGUAUAAUCCGACUUCCUCUAAUAGUACAAAUAAAUCAAGGCCAACGUAUUAUCAGAGUAUUAAAACGAAUCCCCCAAAAUCUAUUUUUAUUAUUGAUCAAAACAAUAAAUUGGUAGAAUUGACUUCUUUAAAUAGUUCCAAUAUUGUUACGACCAGCACGACGUCAGAACCGGAACAGACACGUUCAAAAGUAAAUGAUUACAAUGGAACGAAUAAUUUUAUAACUCACAAUGAGUUACCAGCAACCAUAUCAUUGGGUGCAAAUUCAUUGAUGCAGUCAACAAGACAAGGAAAAGUAUCCUCUUCGAAGCGACACGAUAAGUCUUUGAAUCCGUUGAAGUUCGCAUCUUCAUCCACAUCAUCAUCAUCAUCAUCAUCACAUUCACAAGAAUCUCAGUUUCUGACAGAAUUGAACGGUAUUAGAAAGGAACAACAGAAUUUCCAGAAUAUGAUUACAGCAAGGCUAGAUACAAUUACAGAUUUGCUUUUAAAAGUAAUGCAUAAGGCGAAACCAAUAGCAACGAGCAGUAAAACUCCAGCCAGAACAAAAAAUAUACACCAAUCGCAUAGAUGA